UGUGAAUCUGUCCUCAUGUGUGGUCAGUAACGCUUAUUUAUCUGCCUCCUCUGUCUCAAGUACGGAACGAGAUAACUACGGUUACGAUGUUUUAAUAAGUUAAUGAGUUGGCAUAUUUUGAGUUUGAGUGACAAGACAAGGCGUUCACUUUCAAUCCGUCUUUCAAAAUGGCGGAAGCUCUAGGAAAUGAGUACCCUUCGGGUUAUGACGAGGACUUUGUGGAUACAGUCGAUGACGAUUGUUAUUGUUUAAUUUGCCAGUUGCCGCUUAGGGAACCACUCCAAACGAAAUGCGGUCACAGAUUUUGUAAGGGAUGCCUCGAGGAAUGUUUCAGAAGGUGCGUCUUUCUUGUUUGAAUUUUGUUCGCCGGAUUAUGAAGGUAUGUUUGUUCUAAUAGCCGAUGUAAAGACCAACUUGGCACGGCUUUUUUUACAUUUAGAGCAUUAGCAUGUAGAGUUUCCCCCUGAUUGUUUUUGGCUGCAUUUUGAGGUAGCCACACUCUUGCUAUCAGCAGUGUGAUCGACUGUUUGAGUUAUCGGUCCUGUCAACACUUUAGUAUUUUCGAGAAAUGCGAAAAUCAUAGAGCAUGAAAAUUGUUCUAAGAUGUUCUUACAUGAACCUUGUAAAUUACUAUUUUAGAACUUUCCCUCUGCCUAUGUGUACACAAUUGCCUCUUAAGAGGAUGUCUGAAUCCAUCGAAAAAAUUUGAAAUAUUGUGGCAAGGCGCCCAAAAUUCGUUUUCUCUCCUACUUUCAUAUUUUGUAGCCCAAUAUGUCCUAAUAAUUGUGGUGCGGUUUUUUUGUGAAAAUAUAUUUUAGUUUUUGAGAAAUGAUUUUUUCGUUCGACCGCUCAAAUAUGCAAAUUUUCACUCUGAAUAUUACUCGAGUUGUGUGACCUCAUGUAACGAAUUUACUUGACCUCCCGUAUUUCUGUCGGCAUAAUCCUUUGUUUUACUAUCUAAACUUAAUCCCCUGUCAUUAUUGAAGCUGGCAAAGAAAUAUUUAUUUUUUGGUGAAUAUUUUUGUCCGACAUACUUUUUCUUUGUCGAAAAGUAGCAUCAAAACAAAGACAGUUUUAACAAUGACCGAUAUGACAGAAUCUACUGAGCUUCUAACUUUUAAAAGAAAAAAGGUCGGUUACAAAGUUACUGUAAAAAUUUCCUUGUGUAUUUGUGUUGUUCUAUCGUGAGACGAACUCAAAGUCCGGCAAAAUUUACUUGCGAGCGACUAUGAAAUAUACAUGGUGUGCUUCAGUUGUCGCCACCGUUUACUGGCAUAACUUUACUAUGCAUAACUUUACUAUGGCAUAACUUUACUAUGGCAUAACUUUACUAUGCAUAACUUUACUCGGCAUAACUUUACUACAGUUUGUAAAGAAAUCUAACAUGACACUCUUACCUUGUUUAUUUAUCAUUUUAUUAGCUGUUUCGAUGAUCAAGUUAUGCUCUACCACAUUUUAGCCAGAUUUAAUUUGCAGUUUGUAAAUCUUCUCCAAAUUAUUAUAUUAGUUGCAUGACAAGCGUGACACAUAGAAAUUCAAAGAUGAAUCAGCCUCUGAAUUACCAAGAGAUGGGUUUUUUUUCCCUCUUUUCAUAUCUAUAAAAACCUUCCAAGAAUUACUGUAUUCAGAAAACUAAAAUGUUCAGAUCCAUCAAUGAUUCCUUUCCCGGCGGAAGUCAAAUAAUGUUUACAAAAGUCAAUUCGAUUGACAAUCUACAUACUGAUUUAGCUAAUUGAUCUGUUGUAUAAGAGUCUCAUCUUACAUGCUAACAAGGAGAUUUGUUGUACAUUUAAAUCGUUCGCUGGUGGGACUUUUGGGUAUAGUUAUCGAGAAGACCGACGUUGCAUAUCAUAACGUUGCAUGUCGUUCCCCUGUGUAGUUGUAUAAAAGACAUUUCAAGUUACUUGCGGAGAUCCAGAAACUGAAGUUGAUCUUAUUUUGUCGCGAGCCGGCAUCUUCAAGACGCCAAAAGAUAUCGAUGAUUUUACAAUUUUCCCUACUCAUAGAUCAAAUCUCGGUACCGGUGUUGGGUGGAUUCGUGGUUCCAUUAGUAGAUGUAGAGUGCCUAAUGGAGUGUGCGGCCAUGGUGAAGGUAGGGUUAAGUCGAUUCCAAAAGCCUACCGGGGAAUUGGCAAGCGUGUACCACAGAUAGAGGCUACUUACCACCUUGUGCAAAAUUACGCGUCCCGUCAGACUUAGGCCUCGAUUGGGAAUUGGUCAAUAGGCUACCAAAAAUCCAGACAGAGGCGGAGUUUGCUAUACUAAUGUCUGAGCGCUUUGUAGGCUUCCCGCCGUCUGGCGGGACGCGUAAUUAAGCACACAGUGGUAGAUGGCCCUUCCGCACUAGCUAUAAGACGCUGACAAAACUUUUUUCUCUUCACCGAAAAUCACAUCAAAAUUUGUCCUUGCUAAAUAUCAAGUGUGCUGCACGUAUCAGCACCCCUGGGGAAUCCCUAUACAUAGGAGGGCGAAGAUGCGCGCUGGGAAUUUCGAAAACGACCCCUAUAAAAUUAUAAAAGUUACUGAGUCUUGUCCGUGUGGGAGUGGCAAUAACUGAUAUCUACCCCUAAAAAGUACUAAUUUAAACAGAAAAAAAUUGAAAAUCCAAAAAAUAAGAACUCCUUUAUCGAUGUGCUCCAGAGGCUUAAGUCAGAUCAUUAAAAUCGUCCUAGUAAUGCUUAUUUCAGGUAUUUUAUUGAGCGAAAAACACCCUAAAAGGUACCAGUUAGGUCUCUGGUAGUCCACUAAAGUUUGAGAUACCGUAAAAGGUACCAGAUCACCGAUUUUGACCCCUGAAAGGUACGACAAGCAUCCUCACCCAUUUCCGAUCGCCUCCUCCACCAAUCCUGUCAGCACCUUAAAACAAAAGAUGUGAUUUGCCAACUACGAGCUGUCAGUCUUACCUCGUAAAAUUUUCGUGAACUGGUUAUUUACUUAUAAAAAACUUUUAGGCACUGAUCUGUCAGAUUUUUAUGCUGACAAAAUCUGUCCUGCUUCGAGGCAGCACGGCUGUACUUUUUUUUUGUUUUGUUCGUCUUGACAUAAUUUGGUAGGGAUUAAAAUAACUGUACGUCUGCAUUUGUUAAACAGACUAUUCAAGUGCAUCCAGAACUCGAUGUGUGCACUUCUAGUGCAUAAGUAUUCUUUUGUAACAUACCAAAAGAUCUUGCGAUGUCUACUGUUCAAGCCUUUUUUUCUUUUCAAAGAGGCAUCAGAAUUAUUUUCAUGUCAAAUUUGCAGUAAACUGCUUGCGUGUGAUCCUUUGUUUUCAAGGUGUCCGACCAGGUAUGACUGAAAAUGGCACUUCGCUUUGAUAGGAAUCCUUUUGUUGUUGCUGCUUACUUCCUGAAAUUAUUAUCUGAAAUUCGCUCGGUAAUAUUAAAAAAAAAAACUGCGCGAGUAAUACAUACCUAUCCAAAUUCUUUUAUCACAUAAAAAGUUAUAGGACCUGAUAGCAUCUUAGGGACGGACCAUUAGACUGUUGAUGCGGGGGGUGGAGGGUGCUGGGGUGUUGGGCAAUAACCCCCGAAAAAAUCGAGCACAGGCUUAAUAGAAGAAAACACAUCGUGCAAUUGGCCAAAGGCCCCCCUCCCCCCCGCAUCAAAAAUCUAAUGGUCCGUCCCUGAGGUACUUUACAUUAUUCCAAAAUGGGUUUCGUUCCGGAACGAAAUGAAUUUCAUACCGCGUUUACAUGCAAGAUAAUUUAGCUUGUAAAAACAAGUAUUUAGGUCCUUUUUAUAUGCUUCCCUCGCCCCUAAAGAGGAUUCAUACAGAUAUGAGUGUCGUACCGCGUUUACUUUAUACAGGUACAAAAGGUCGUCCAGAAUAAGUGUUUGAUUACAUUUGAUGAAAUUUUCUGAAAGUAUCACAGUCAAAAGAAUGAUGACAAAACUUCCCAAUCAUAUCAAUCAUAUAACGAUCUCACGUAGGGCUGCUUGAGAGGCAACCCUACAAUUGUAUUGAUAUGUUCCUUACUGAGCAAAAAUUUUUCAGUAAUGUGGUCUGUUGAGGGAUUCCUUAUAUGAGUGUAUUUCUACCUACCUCAAAGUUUAAAAGUUUUGCACGUAACGUGUCCUUAAAACUUGACUGAACAUUUUCAGGAUCUUGCGACGUUUACACCAGCAUCAUAAAGUGUUGAUUUAGAAGUUUUAUUUAAAUAGGAAUAAUCAUGAAAUAUGCUGACUCAAUACAAACAGAUGCUUUUCAAGUGGCGAUCACAUUAAGAACAAGAAUUUUCAGAACUGAGAAAAAAGUUUUCGCAAACCUCAUUUGUCGAGCGAUUCCGUCUAUGAUGGUAUAACCACUAAUACCCAACAGUUGGAAACAUUUAUAACUAAUGCAAAGUACGUUUAAAGUUUGUACUAUUACACAAUUGAUCAUUGGCUCUCAUGCCUACUCCAACCCCUACCACAAACUCUCGUGACCAUUACACUUGCAAUGUUGUGUAUUGUUCCACCAAAACAAUUAUCCACGUUAAAGGAAGUAAAAAUUGUUACGAAGUCCCUUCGACUUGGCCACGGGACCACUCGACGUCAACUAAGUCGACGAAUAAGUUAUUUAACCCUUUAAUUCCCAAGAUCUGAUUUUUAAUUCUCCCCUCUAGCUGCUACACAUUUCCUUUUAAAUCAGCGAGAAGAAUUUGUCGUAAGAGCAAUUUAACAACUUCUACCUGAUAUGAAUGAGUAUUCUCAUUACCUGUUUGCUGAAUAAUGUAGGGUUAUCAUAGGGAGGAGGUACAUGUUAAUCAAUUCUGGGAGACAAAGGGUUAAUUUAUCUAACACCUUGUUAACAGACUGGAGAUCAAUGGUCAGCCCUCAACUUGCCCAGUGGAUAGAGACGUUCUAGACAGAGACAAGGUAUAUGUGCCUACUAACGUUUCCUUUGACCGACAGAUGUGUCCACAUCAAAGCUAUGCUUGCAUCAAAAGUUAUUUUAAUAGAAAGAUUAUUUCUUCGGUCCUCACUAAAUAGCACUGAAUCACUUUAAAUUAUUUUAGGUAGUAAAAAUUAUAAAAUUCAAAGGAAAGAGUUGAAUCUACUUCAAAUACUUUACCCUUACAUCGGCGGGUAAAAGUAUGUAAUAGCACUUACCAGUGAAGCACAAAGUUGUCUCUUGCCCUUCUCUUGAGACAAAUACCAUCAUGAAAUUAAACAGAAGGAUGCUGAUAUCUCUAAGCCAUUACUGCACUAUCUGCGUAACAGCUGCAAUCGGUUUUCCAUUUCAUACAGAAGAAAACAUGACGAGUACGUAAAUUACUUUGAUUGCCCUCGAGGUUGACAAAAAUCCUAUUUUGGAACAUCAGCUAUUAAUUUUUAUGUUGAGUGUUUGGUUUCUCUUAUAGCCGGAUGUCUUCUCUGAUAAAGCGACUGAACGAAAAAUCCUUUCUUUUGCUAUUAAAUGUCCUUGUGAUGGCUGCGAAUGGACUGGGGAACUGAGGAACAAAGAGGUAACUUCGGAAUCAUAACGAGCUUAGCGUUAUUUGAUAGCUAUCGUAUAUUUCGUUAGUUCUAUCUGAGAUAUAUUUUAUGUUUUUCUUACAGACUCACCUGAAAGCUUGUUUUUUCAAAGUCAUCACCUGUCCUAACGAACACUGUCAUGAGACAAUGCAACAGAGAGAGCUCAAACGACACAUGACCAUCGCGUGUUUGUGGAGGAUCACUGAAUGUGAACAUUGCAACGAGCCACACCCAGUAUGUUGCAUGCAGGUAGUUUAUCACGAUCAGAUGUAUAGUGGAAGUCUUUAUUCUUAAGAAGUUUCAUAAAUUUCGCUCCAAUAGUGAUUUAAAGGGCUCGGGCCUUGCAAAAAGGCCCGCUUUGUUGAGUAAUCAUAACGCACGCAAUAACUGAGAGUUAUUACAUGAAAGAUGUUAAACUUAUCUCUUUCAGGAUCAUAUUGGAAAGUGCUUGAGGUACCCGGUAACUUGUCCUAACGGCUGUGGUCUGUCAAUUCAAAGGGAACUGGUAAGUGAAGGAGAUUUUUUAGUCAGUUUUAGAUGACAUAAACUAACGGUUUGGUUAACUUCAUGACACGAUGAAUUUAUUUCAGAUACCAAACCAUACCAAAGAUGAUUGUCCUCACACCAUGAUAUGCUGCCCUUACACGGAGAUGGGAUGCGAAACAAAGGUCGGUAUGUAAGGAAUUGUAGCAUGCAAUUAACAACUGUCAACAUGCAAAUGUCACGAGUUGCAAAAUCGACUCAAAGAAUUUAGGAAAAAAAUGAAUAAAUGAACUGAAAGGAAAAAGAAAUUGAAAUUAAUAGGUAUGGUAGCGUCGAGAGGGGGUUCACUCCAGAGAGAGCGGAUAUUGCAAUUGUUGCACUAAAAUGAUGCUAUUUUAUACACCUGGUUUAACGCUGGGGUCUUCAGCGGAAAAGAAACUUUCUUCACUUGGGAAGCUUAAUUUUCUUUCAGGUUCAAAGAAAACAAGUGGAGACUCAUCUUCAAACCGCCAUGACAGUUCAUCUUGAUUUAGCUUGUCUGAGGUUGAAGGAAGCACAAGACGUAACAAGACAACUGAUGGAAAAAUUCAGUACACUUCAGAGCCUCUUUUUGGAAAAAGUACUGAAAGACGAAAAUAAAAUUAUAGAAAGGGAAAACGGAACUUUUCUCUGGAAGAUUCAUGAGUUUAAUGAAGUGUUUAAACAAUCCAAGGCAGUAAAUAAAGAAACAGUAGAAAGUGUCAUUCCUCACACAGCAACCUAUGGCUACAAUGUAAAAGUAAGAAUUUUUCCCAGUGGCAAUCGAUCUGGCAAGAAUACUUACCUAUCGGUAUACAUUGUUGUAAUGAAAGGUGAAUAUGACGCCGCACUAGCCUGGCCCUUUAGCAAGAAAGUACGACUAACACUGAUCGAUCAACAGAAUGAUGAGGACAAACGGGAAAACUUUAGUAGACUGAUUAAUCCAGAACUGAACCCCCCAGAGUACUUUUGUAGACCCAAAACAAAGGAGAACGGAGAGUGCGGUUUUCCGCGGUUCAUAUCCCACGAGAAACUAAAGUCAAGGAAGUACAUAGUAGAUGACACUCUAUUUCUUCAAGUUGAGAUUCAAGAAAAAAAAUGACUUCUUUAUAACGAUUUUUAAUCCAUUUUUUUUUUAGCCUAAUAGGAAAACAAUUAGUUAGCUGUGAUUAGCUUUGGAUCGGAACCGUUGCUAUUCAAAAGUAAAGUUAAGAAAGAAUAGUGCCAAGUAUGUCACAAAGAGCCAUACUUUGGAUGGUGUCAAAGUUUAGGUAAACGGCUGAUGUGCAGUGGUUUUUUACGCAACAGCACUUUGAGAGAAAAAAUUUUUUCAGGGCAAAAAAGCCCUUUUUAAAGGAAAAUUAGUUGAUUAUCAUAAAUGGGGAAAACUGCCCAAGCAAAUAAUGGAAACUUGUUUUUGAUCGACCAUUAGCUCUUAAAAACUCGAUUUUUUGUUUGUAAUGAGAUGUUAAUGAAGUUUCUCUAAGACUCCUAUGGUUUUUACGGGUAAAACUGUUCAGCUUUUGUCAUUUUAAUAAGAAAACGAGACUGCUUUUAGUCAAAUAGUUUUAGAAAUGCAAUGUUUUUUUCUCUUCUAUCUAGACUGCAUAGACGAGAGUUUAGUUGUCAUAAAGACCUUGUGAAGUGUUAUUUUGUGGUUAGUGAAGCCGAAAAUUAAAUGAAGUCUAAUAAUUCUUGGAGUGCACCAUAUUCUUGCUUGCUAAACU